UCUCGGCAGUACCCUCCGACCGAACACGGCCAGGUUCAAAUCUUUCCUCAAUCGAUCGGUAGCUGCUGCGGAGCGGGAGAUGGCGCCUAUACGGGUGCUGACGGCGCUGGACCAUGCGCGCACGCAGUACUACCAUUUCAAGGCCAUCAUCAUCGCCGGAAUGGGGCUUUUCACCGACUCCUACGACCUCUUCUGCAUCGUGCCCGUCAUGAAGAUCAUCGGCCGGGUGUACUACCCGUCGUCGUCAGCCGGCGACGGGGGGCCCGGCGUGAUGCCGCCCGCCGUCGUGUCGGCCAUCGUCAGCAUCGCUCUGCUGGGCGCGGUGGUCGGGAACCUCCUGUUCGGAGUGCUCGGCGACCGCGUCGGCCGGGGCCGCGUGUACGGCGCGUGCCUGCUGCUGCUGGUGUGCAGCUCCCUGGCCAGCGGCUUCUCCAUCUGCCGGACUCGCGCCUGCGUGCUCUCCAGCCUCUGCCUCUUCCGUUUCCUCCUCGGGGUCGGCGUCGGAGGGGACUACCCGCUGUCGGCGACCAUCAUGUCGGAGUUCGCCAACAAGCGCACGCGCGGGGCGUUCAUCGCCGCCGUCUUCUCCAUGCAGGGGUUCGGGAUACUGGCCAGCUCCGGGGUCACCAUGGUCGUCGCCGCCGCGUUCGACCGGUUCACGGGCCACCCGGCGCCGCUUGACACUCCGGAGGCCGCCGACAUCGCCUGGCGUGUCAUACUCAUGGCCGGCGCCGUCCCCGCCGGGCUCACCUUCUACUGGAGGAUGGCCAUGCCGGAAACUGCCAGGUUUACGGCGCUGGUACAGCACGACGUGCUCAAGGCGACCAACGACAUCGGCCGUGUCCUCACCGACCUUGACCUGAACGGCCUAGAUGAGGACGAGGACGCGGCGGCAAUCCCCCGGACGCCGGGGUCCUUUCGGUACGCGUCGCCGGCGUCUCAGUACGGCCUCUUCUCGCUCGCAUUCCUCCGGCAGCACGGCCGGAACCUGUUCGGGUGCGCGUCAACGUGGUUCCUGCUUGACAUCCCCUACUACAGCAGCACGUUGUUCCAGUCCCAGAUCUACCGCCCGUGGUUCCCGCCGGCGAGCCACCAGAACGUGUUCCGGGAGGCGUACGACGUGGCGAGGUUCCAGGCCAUCAUCGCCGUCGCCUCCACCAUCCCGGGCUACUUCGUCGCCGUCCUGCUCAUCGACCGCGUCGGCCGGCGCUGGCUGCAGAUGGCCGGGUUCUUCCUCAUGGCCGCCUUCCUCUUCGCGCUGGCGGGCCCGUACGACCACUACUGGCGCGGCAACGCCAAGAACGCCUGGUACAUCGUGCUCUACGCGCUCACCUUCUUCUCCGCGAACCUCGGGCCCAACACCACGACCUUCAUCCUGCCGGCCGAGCUCUUCCCGGCGAGGUUCCGGUCGACGUGCCACGGGAUAUCAGCCGCCGCCGGCAAGGUUGGCGCCCUCGUCGGCUCCGUGGGGUUCCUGUGGGCAUCGCAGGCGCGGCACAGGGGGGAGGUGCAGGCCGGGUACGAGCGCGGGAUAGGGAUGAUGAAUGCGCUGGUCAUUCUUGGCGCCAUCAGCCUGCUCGGGCUCGCCGUCACCUACUUUUUCACGCCGGAGACGAUGGGGAGGUCGCUGGAGGAGAACGAGAGCAGCGAGCAGGGCGAUCAAGACCUGCAGGAUGGCGACGGCGGGAUGACGAUGCGGUUGCAGGAACUGAACCUGACACCCAAGAGCCCAGCCUCCUUGGUGAGCUCGCACGUCAGCUCUUCCCCUAUCCAUCCGCACCGCUUCUCGGUCUGAUGGAACUUGAAAACUUAGUGAACAAAGUUUCGUUAUUUUUUCUUUCAUUUUUUGGAUAUUAGUUUGUGAAAUACUAUACA